AUGGAAACCGCGCCUGCGUCCUCGCCUUCCCCGGCGGCAGCUGCCACGGGGAAGGCACCCGUUGCGCAGGAGGCAUCGGUGAACCUGCCAUCGCACAACGACCCCCAGCGUAAAAACACAGAUGCCCCUCCUGCCACCUCACAUCCAUCCGACCCUGACCACAACAUCAACACUUACCAACGCUCCUCGGACCACCCCGACGAGGACCAAUACAACUACACUCACUCUGACGAGGAGCACUUGGACGCAUCCUCUAUUUGCUCCUGGGAAGAAGAAGACGGCAACUGGGAACGAGACCCUGACGACGAAGACGACAUGGGAGGCUCACGACGUCCCCACGGCCAGCGCCGCCGCACCCAGACCGACCUCACCGGCGUCUUCACCCUCGAGGAGAAGAACGAGAUCAUCAAGCUGGUCUCCGACAUUUUGGACAACAUGCAGGCCCAGAUCAGCAACAUCUUCCACUCCCCUCCCAUCACCCCGGCUUCCACAGAGAACCCCCAACACUCGUGGCUUUCCCUCUCACUGCUCAAGGGAAAGAGCAACAAGCCUGCUACUUCCCAACCUCAGGGCAACAGCCCCCCUUCACCAUCCGCGGACCAACAAAACGCUAGUAAGACGUACGCUAAGGCCCACGAGAUUGUCGAGAAGGAGGAAAAGGAGGCCAUGACCCCUCAGCUGCAGGAGCUCAAGAAGGAGUGCCUCGUCGUCUUCAACAAGUGGCAGGGCAACGUGUUGCUGCGAGUCAAGGAUAUCUCGGUCCAGGAACCCGAUGCCCAGGAGGCCCCUGCUGCCCGUGGAGGACGAGGUGGUCGUGGAUCCCGCGGCGCUCGCGGCGAUCGUGGCGCGCCUCAGGGAGGUCGUGGCACGCCGCGCGGACGUGGUAGAGGCGGCCAACUCAGCGUCAAGACCGGAGGCCCACCAGCUAAUCCUCAAGCCGAGGCUGACCCCUGGCUCAUGCGGCGAUUCCCUCCUACGUCCACGACGUUGUCGUCUCUUCCUCUCGAGCGUCGUAAGCUCGUCCUUCACACAGUUCUCCUCCUCUUGCUGUCGCUAGAGCAAUACACGGCGUUCGCCCGCGUCUUCAUGUUCAACCUGACCUCUUCGCUACAUCUCAGCCUCCGCACCUUUCAAGAGGAUGAGGUUCGCGUUGCUCGCGGCCUCGGCAAGACCGUUCAAGAGGUCAAUGCCGAGGAAGUCGUCGAGGAGAAGGCCGCAGAGAACAAGUCUACCAGACGCUGGAAGGUCGGCUUUGCUGGAGCUGCAGGCGCUGCCAUUAUCGGCGUCACAGGUGGCCUUGCCGCGCCCCUGGUUGCUGCCGGCAUAGGCACCGUCAUGGGCGGCGUUGGACUUGGUUCUACGGCGGCCGCUGGACUACUUGGAACGCUCUCUUCGAGCGGCGUCGUUGUGGGCAGCUUGUUCGGCAUCUAUGGUGCCCGUCAGACGUCCAAGAUGAUGGACCAGUACGCCAAAGAUGUCGCCGACUUCGCAUUCCUCCCUUUGCAUGGCGAGAUGAAGGAGGAAUAUCGCGAUGCCAAGGAGAUCCCACCCAAGGAUCGACGCCUGCGUGUCGUGCUCGCCCUCAGUGGUUGGCUGACGCAGAAGGAGGACGUCGUCAACCCCUGGCGUUGCAUCGGCCACCAAGGCGAGGUGUACGCCGUCAGAUGGGAGGUCGCCAACCUGAUGAAUAUGGGCAACUCGCUUGAGACAGUCAUCAAGAGUACCGCUUGGAGUGUUGCCAAGAAGGAAAUCAUCACGCGGACUAUCUUUGCCAGUCUCAUGUCGGCCAUGUGGCCAAUUGGCCUGCUCAAGGUCAGCAAGGUUAUUGAUAACCCCUGGAGCGUCGGCAUGGUCCGCGCUGAGAAGGUUGGAAUGAUCUUGGCCGAGGCCAUCAGCAGGAAGGUCCAGGGUGAUCGCCCCGUCAGCCUCAUCGGUUACAGUCUGGCUGCUCGAGCCAUCUACACCUGCUUGAUGGUGCUUGCCGAGCGUCGCCAGUUCGGUCUCAUCGAGUCGGUCGUCAUGAUCGGUACUCCCGCUCCUUCCGAGAGCCGCGUGUGGCUCGCGUUGAAGAGUGUCGUCGCCGGCAGACUCGUGAAUGUCUACUCGGAGAACGACUACAUCCUCGGCUUCUUGUACCGCACCUCCAACCUCCAGUUCGGCGUGGCGGGACUGCAGCCGAUUCAGGGCGCCGAAGGUGUCGAGAACUACGACGUGAGCAACAUGGUUAGCGGCCACCUGAGGUACCAAUACAUGAUCGGCACCAUUCUCAAGAACAUUGGCUGGGAAGACCUCGACUACUCUCAGAUCGCCAAGGACGAGCAGACUCUGCAACUCAUGGAUGACAAGUACGGCCGGGACAAGAGCCAGAAGCCGACCUACGUUGACCCGGACAAGGAGGCUGUACAGAUCCAGGAGGAAGUCAAGCAGAAGAACGACACCAAGCUCGAAUCGAAAAUGAGCAAGAUGAAGAUCCAGAAUUAG